UCCGCCUCCGCCGACUCGCUUUAGCUGCCAGUCCCCGACCGAGGAUCCAGCCUACCUUCCUUCUUUGUGGCAGUGAGCUCCAGCCCGGCGGAGGCGGGACUGGGAGGGCGGUGGUCUCCUCCUCUUCCCCGUGGCCUGGCCUGCCUGUUCCUCACAUCCCUCCAAGUGGAAGAUGGCGGCGGAUCCGAGCGGCGACUGUGGGCUUAGCGUGCGGCCUGAGGGAUCCGAGCGGCCCGCAGUGGCCCUGCUGCUGGGCCGAAUCUAGCAAGGCUACGGGCGGACAGAUUCGUGGUUGCUUCGUGGCGUAUGGGGGGCUCUCGUGUUUCUUCGUGGCCGCAGUAAUCUGUGCCACAAUCUUUUAGAGAAGGUCAAAAUGGUUGAAAGUUAAUAGAAGUUUGCUGAAGCUUACUCAGGUCUUCAAAUACAGAUGAAUUAGAACAAGGCAUUCUUAAGACCUACAGCUUGGUGCCCUUACAGAGGCUGUACUAGUCUGCCUAUCUUUCAUAUGCAAGAUCUUCAUCAGAUGAAACUAACAAGCACCACCAACCCCAUGAUAAAGUGACUGUGCAUUGUGCUGAUUUCACUUAUUUGUUAAGUACAGACCUACUGUUUGUGAGAAGUGCUCUUGAACAUCAUUUGCAGAUUGCUAAUCAACAGUGACCAUCAUGUGACUGGCAAGCCAGCUAGCUGAGGCAACUCUUCAGUUUAUGGAGAGCCUAUGCUUUCCCUACCCUGAUGCCUGAUACUCACUUCUGAAACCAAGGAAUUCAUAACUGCACAUGACCCAUCUCCUUCCUAGGAGUCUCCUGAGCAAGUGGAGAAGCAAAGGAGGGGAGCAGCAGCACUCAGAGGAGCAAUGGGACUUGAAGGCCAUGGUCACUUGAGAUAAAUGGCAGAUCACUGGAAAUCUAGUCUUGUAGCUGCUUGCUUAAGCUUUAUACCUCUCUGCAGCCCACAUUUCUUCUCUGUGAGCUGCCACUGGCUCUUCCAGUGGUGGCGUUGGAGACACCGAAGGCAGCUUGGUUGGUGCCAAGCUUGAGGAAGGGAUAAGCCACCCGCCUCACCAUGAUUCAUCUGUGGAAAGUAGUGAGGCAUGUGCGACAGCUGGAGCUCCACAGAUUGAUCCUGCUGCUCAUUGCCUUCAGCUUGAUUUCCAUGUGCUUCCUGGCUUAUUAUGUCACCAACAGCCCUAAAAUAAAGGAACCGCCUCCUUUGCCCUUCAGUGAUUGUAGCAACCAGCACAGGGUCCUCAUUCAGCCCCAGGCAAGCUGGAGGCUUACAAAAUCAGUGGACAACUCACGCACAGACCCUGUGGUGCUAGUCUUUGUGGAAAGCAUUUAUUCCCAAUUGGGUCAGGAGAUUGUGGCUAUCUUGGAAUCUAGCCGGUUUAAAUACAGGACAGAGAUUGCCCCUGGAAAGGGAGACAUGCCCACUCUGACAGACAAGGACCAUGGUCGCUAUGCUCUUAUUAUCUAUGAGAACAUCCUUAAAUAUGUGAACCUGGAUACCUGGAACAGGGACCUAUUGGACAAAUACUGUGUGGAAUAUGGAGUGGGGAUCAUUGGCUUCUUCAAGGCAAAUGAGAACAGCUUGCUCAGUGCUCAGCUCAAGGGCUUUCCCCUCUUUCUACAUUCCAAUCUAGGUUUGCGAGACUAUCACAUCAAUCCGAGUGCCCCACUGCUGUAUGUAACUCAAGCUAACGAAGUGGAGCAGGGCCCUCUGCCUGGGGAUGACUGGACAGUUUUCCAGUCAAAUCACACCACCUACGAACCUGUGUUGAUGGCCAGCACCAAAUCUUCAGAAUCAAUCCCUCACCUGACCACCCACAGAGCUCUGCACGCUACUGUGGUGCAAGACCUUGGUCUGCAUGAUGGCAUCCAACGGGUCCUUUUUGGCAAUAAUCUCAACUUCUGGCUGCACAAGCUCAUUUUUGUUGAUGCUAUUGCUUACCUGACUGGCAAGCGUCUAUGUCUGUCCCUUGACCGCUACAUCCUUGUGGACAUCGAUGAUAUCUUUGUGGGCAAAGAGGGCACACGCAUGAAGGUGUCUGAUGUAGAGGCUCUACUGAACACUCAGAACAAGUUGAGGACUUUAGUCCCUAAUUUCACUUUCAACCUGGGAUUCUCUGGGAAAUUCUACCACACUGGUACCAAUGAGGAAGAUGAAGGGGAUGACAUGCUGCUAAAGCAUAGGAAGGAGUUCUGGUGGUUCCCCCACAUGUGGAGUCACAUGCAGCCACAUCUCUUUCACAAUGUUACUGUGCUAGCUGAGCAGAUGAAACUCAACAAGCAGUUUGCUUUGGAACAUGGGAUCCCCACAGACUUGGGCUAUGCAGUAGCCCCCCACCACUCUGGGGUUUAUCCUGUCCAUGCACAGCUCUAUGAGGCAUGGAAAUCUGUCUGGGGCAUCCAGGUGACCAGCACAGAGGAAUAUCCCCACCUUCGGCCUGCCCGGUACCGACGAGGGUUCAUCCAUAACGAGAUCAUGGUGUUGCCUCGACAGACUUGCGGUCUUUUCACUCACACCAUCUUCUACAAUGAGUAUCCUGGUGGCUCCAAGGAGCUAGACAAAAGCAUUCGUGGUGGUGAACUCUUCCUGACGGUGCUUCUAAACCCAAUCAGCAUCUUCAUGACACACUUGUCCAAUUAUGGAAAUGACCGGCUUGGGCUCUACACUUUUGAAAGCCUAGUCAAAUUUGUGCAAUGUUGGACCAACCUCCGUCUUCAGACUCUGCCUCCCAUCCAGCUGGCCAAAAAGUAUUUUGAAAUAUUUUCACAGGAAAAGAACCCUCUGUGGCAGAACCCUUGUGAUGACAAGAGGCACAAGGACAUCUGGUCCAAAGAGAAGACAUGUGACCGGCUUCCCAAGUUUCUCAUCGUUGGUCCUCAAAAAACUGGCACAACCGCUGUGCACCUCUUCCUCUCCAUGCACCCAGCUGUUACCAGUAACUUUCCAAGCCCUUCCACCUACGAAGAGAUCCAGUUCUUUAAUGGACCCAACUAUCACAACGGAAUUGAUUGGUACAUGGAGUUCUUCCCCAUCCCCUCUAAUGCCAGCACAGACUUCAUGUUUGAGAAAAGUGCCAAUUACUUUGACACUGAAGUAGUACCGAAGCGAAGUGCGGCCCUGCUUCCACGGGCCAAAAUAAUUGCCAUCCUGAUCAACCCAGCUGACAGAGCCUACUCCUGGUAUCAGCACCAGCGUGCUCACAACGACCCUGUGGCACUCAACUAUACUUUCUACCAGAUCAUUUCUGCUGGUCCCCAAGCCCCUCAAGACUUGCACAAUCUGCAAAGCCACUGUCUGGACCCUGGAUUGUAUUCCACUCAUCUGGAGAGAUGGUUGAUGUAUUAUCCUUCUGGACAGGUUCUGGUUGUGGAUGGACAGGAACUUCGACACAGCCCCAUUUCCAUCAUGGAGAACAUCCAAAGGUUUCUGGGGGUUACACCACUGUUCAACUAUACCCAAGCACUCAAGUUUGAUGAAGCAAAAGGAUUUUGGUGUCAAGUGCUGGAAGGAGGGAAGACCAAGUGCCUGGGGAAGAGUAAAGGAAGAAAAUAUCCAGACAUGGAUUCCUCAUCCCGCAUGUUCCUAGCAGACUUCUAUCGCGAGCACAACAUUGAACUAUCCAAGUUGAUGAACAAGUUUGGGCAGCCACUUCCUACGUGGCUCCGAGAGGAACUGCAGAAUUCUAGCUGGAGCUGAAGUGAAGGCUGCUAGCUCCAGCGCUUCCAAACAUCUGGGUGUGGGAGCCACUGGAAAAAAUACACACCACUGCCAUCUCUUCUCUAUGAACGUGAACCAGAGGAAGAAGCAGGAAGUGCACCGGCCUGCGUGUAGACCUUGCAUCUUCAAGUAUUGAUGGUUUGUUACAUUGGAGUGACAGCCAGAGAACAAUAUUGCACAAGCUUCUGUGCAGUCAUUCCCAUCUCCCCUGAAAUUUUAGGAUGACUGACAUAGGAGUGCUUCUGGGCUAUAAUUCCCCUGUGCCGGAAAGCAAAGAAUAGAUUCCACAAAGAACAAAAGCAUGCAAAUGUGUAGGCUACUGGGACAUUCCCUUUUAAUGUCCAAAACCACUCAGGAUGCUAGGAAGUGAAUGUCUUAAUAUCGUGACGGUUCCCUUAUGUGGUUCUUAGGGUGAGGUUUCCAAAGUUGUUAAUAAUGGACAGCAAGUUGCAAUUCUCUCACUGUAGCCUUAGUUGUUGCAUUAUCCCUAUUCUAGGGGACAAGGAGGGAGGGAAAGCAAAUGGGUGAUUAGGCAGCAGAAACCUGCAUACGUUCUCAUGUUAGAGGGAUUACUAUUUCUUUCUACUUGUGGCAGAUAAAAGAUAAUGAAAGGGAAAUGUGAUGGUACCACAUUCAUUCAUGAGCUAUGAAAAAAAAGCAUCCACUUGUAAGUAAUCACAGCAGUCUUAACUUUCAGUUGGGGUGAACAGGGGAUUCAGCUGUCUCUUGAGUAGACUAUCCUUGUGCACUGCUCCCCUCUUUUAUUUUGAUCAUAACAAGACUGAGUGAAAUGGAAUCGGGGUCCGUUCAAAUUACCAUUUUCCCUCCAGUUCUGCAGGUGGUGGGGCUCCAGCCAAUUCUUACGAUCUAAGCUUACUAUUUCCUCAUUAGAACCACUACCUACAUGAGUGGAAAGUUACAUGAAUGCAAUCCUGCCCAUCGCUCCUAACAUGCCUUAUGCAGAGUGGUCCAGCAGGUGCUCGCAACAAGUGCCAGCCUCACGGAGGGACAUGCAGCAGCUGACUGGCAGGAAGACUCCUUGGGGUAAUUCAGUAUGCCCAGCCUAACAGGGAAAAAGUGAUUUCAGCCAAACUUAUACAUGAAGCCUUAGCUAUUGUGUAUUUUUAAUGGUGACUUGACCAUCGUUUGUAAAUAUAUAAUAUGGACUAUAUCAUAUUUCAUUCAAUGUAUCCCUGUGCCGAGGGAAAUGUUCUACAACCAAAAAUGGAACCAACAAACCUAAAACCCUGUGGCUGAAGAGAGAAGCAUGUGCUGUGCUUCCUGCAGUGGAUUCAUGUAUGUCAUUCACAUUGAAUGAUAAGAAAAAAUUCUUGGCUGUUGCAGCUGAGCACAAUGUCUAAAUAAAGGUUAGACGUAGCAUUUGGAGUCAAUAAA